AUGGUUUGGAUGUUCUUGUUUGAGUCCCAGGUGGUCCAGUACAAACAGGGGAACAGCUGGCCUCACCGAGCGUCGGCCAGUCUGUCUGCCCCGGGUCACAUGCUGCGUCCGCCCCUCCGCUCCCACAAUGCACCAGUCCUGUCCCCUGCUCCCACACUCAGCUGCUCAGCCCACAGCGUCCUGCACCUGUCUCAGAGGAGCAGUUUGUAA